AUGGCGUCAGAAAAAUUUUCAUUGCGUUGGAACAAUUUCCACGAAAAUAUAAGUUCAGGAAUAAAUGCAUUAUGGAAGAGUCAAGAUUUUGUAGACGUAACGCUUUCAGCACAAGGAAAAUGCAUAAAAGCGCAUAAAAUGGUUCUUUCGGUUUGUAGCCCAUAUUUUAAAGAAAUUCUUAAGUCAAAUCCCUGUCAACAUCCUAUAGUAAUUUUGACAAACGUGACUUACGAAGCACUAACAGACUUACUACAAUUUAUAUACCAUGGAGAAGUACAAAUUAGACAAGAAGAUUUAAAUACCUUUAUUGAAACGGCCGAAUCAUUGCAAAUACAAGGACUCACUGGAGAUAGAAAAGUCGUAAACGAUAAUAACAUUAUGGAAAUUUCGGAUAAAGAAUAUACAAAAAAUGUAGAAGAUUUUAAGCCAGUUUCUUUACCUAUGACAAAGAAACAACAUAUAAAGAAGGAAGAACAUAGCGACAUAGAGCAAGAAAUAAGUGUGGCUCUUACAAUCAACGAAUUUUUAAAUAUCGCAAGCAAGAUGUUACCCAGCGCGUUUGAUGGAAGAGCAGGUAAACUGCAGUCAUUUUUAGAUGCACUAGAACUACUUGAGAAAAUAGCGAUAGGACACGAGGAAACAGCGAUAACACUAAUAAAGACAAGAUUAACUAAUAAGGCCAGAAACGUUAUAACUACAGAAGAUACAAUCGCAAGAAUAGCAGAGGCACUGAAGAGAGAACUGAGAGGCGACAGUCCGAAGACGAUAAUAGCUAAAUUGGCGAAGAAAAGACAAUGA